AUGCCAGUGGCUUUUCGACCUCACCCAUGUCUUCGCCUGCGGUGGCGCUUACUUCUUAUGUCGGCACGAGCGGCGUUGACAUACUCGGCAAUGCUGCCGCAACUUCCUCCAAUCAGAGGCCACUUUGAUUCGUACUUAGAGGAAGGAGCUAAUUAUUUACCCAGCAACGCCAAGAUUUCACAGAUUCAAAAUGCCAUAUAUUUUGUAUUCAAAUGUUUGGCUAAGAGCACUGAACGGGGUGCAACUAAUGAUGCUGUUUUAAGGCCAUUUAUUUUUCAAAAUGGCGAUGGAGUAAGACGGCUAUAUGCAUCUUAA